AUGUGCGUACCAAGUCAUUUUCAGAAUGGUUUCAAACGCCUCCAAUAUUGUUUCUAUAUAUCAGAGAAUGUAGACAACUGGGCAGCGUUGGCGUCUGCUGUUCAUUCUCGAGCUAUACUAACAUCAUGUUGGGAGAAAAGACUUGCCUUGUUCAAGCAUGAAUACACAAUUCUGUGCUAUAUCAAAACAGAAGAUGUCCCACUACCAUUAAAGUUUUGGUGUGCAAAGCAGCAGAUAGUGUGUACAGUACAUGCUAAUAUGCAUAAUGAGUUGAUGGAAUGUCUAGAUGAGUUAAUGACAGAUUUUGGCGGAGAAGUAGAAGUGAAGCAGCUGUUUAAUGUGUUUAGUAAUGUCCUACAAGACAAUACAGGGGGCGUGGCUAAAUCUCUUGAUGAACACUCCUCCGUGUAUUUUUGGCAGAUUAUGGUAGAGAUGUACAUUAAAUCUGGAUUGAUGACGGAGGUUGAGACUACAUUGAAACAGUGUCAUUAUAAAGUGGCUAAUAGUGCAAAUCAAGUGUUUUUGCUCAAGAUGGCACAUUUGGCGUUUCAGCAGAUUCUGACAAGUUCAGGAAAUUUAGACCACUACAAGGAAGUAUUCAAUGAAACAGUAGAUCAGAUAUUGGCAGGUCACCCAGAAUGCAUUGCUGUUAACUUAAUGCAGGGAGUUCUAAAUCUACACACUAACUCAAGAUUAGCAAAACAUCAGCUGCAGAAGAUACUAGAUUGUCAUGUGACAGGAAGUCAAGGUCAUGACCUCUCUAUAGCAAGACAAGCUCUCCUACAUGUACUUGUUAACUCAAAGAAAGACUCAGAACUGAUACAGGUUAUCCUGGAUGAUGCAACACUAGCUGAGGAUACAGAAUCAUUAAAUUAUUAUAGAAAUAUCACUGCUUGAAAACAGUCAUCUGUGAUCAAUUUGAAAUAAUGCCAUUGAUAAACAGUAUUGUUUAAUAUAAGAAAACUUUCAGAAUAUUGGGGAAAAAAUUGAAACAAGAUAUACAUGUAUACAAAAUUAUGAUGUAAUGUUGUUAUAUUUUGUUGUUAUGUGUUACAGUUCAGACGGGAAUAUCUGUAUUGAGGGUAGUUAACCAGCAAGCCCUGUAAUGACCCAUGGAAAUUUUCAGCAUGAGUAAAACUAACA